AUGGCUGCCUUGUCGAAGCAUUCGGGUGCUGCAAUGAAGGGGGCAGCUGCUGCACCUUCUGAUGCGACACAGGAGGUUCUCAAGCGUAGCCUCUGCAGAGACAUGGAUGCAGUGGCAGGCUCAUUGAAUCUGGAACCCCAUGCCAGUGCUGUUGGUGAUGAACCUGGUGUUAAACCUGCCCUUCGCAACUUGGAAACCCAGACGACAAUUCCUUUGGGACAUGUGGAUUCGCCAGAUAUUGAUGCGGCCUUGGACUUGAAAUACAACCAACCGCUCUUCAAGUGUCUGUUUGAUACUGUUGGAGAUAGUGAGGUGGAUAUUGAAAAGUUGAUUCUACCGACCUAUCACUGGUUGGAUACAAGGGUGGACCGUAUGGACAUCGACAAAGUUGACCCGUCCAUGAGGCGUGCAUGUGCACAGGCUGUUGUGUUGAAAGAUUUGACCACUGUGAAAGCUACUUUGGUGAAGGAAAAGGAGCAGGAACGUGCCAUGGCUUUGGCAAAAAUCGAUACUGCAGCUGAUGCCAUGAUUGCCCAGCAACGUGACAAAGUUGAGAAAAUGGGGACCACCAAUGUGGAUGAGUCACCGCUGUUCAAAGUCAACAAGAAUAACAUCAUCGUUUGGAAGGGACACAAGACCCAGUUGUUGGAUAAGGCUUUCCAGUGUGUCAUGGAUGAAAGUGCAGCAGCGGAAAAUGAUCUUCGCCAGCAUGUCCUUUCCAUGAUUGAGUCAGCCUAUGCCAAAUGGUCGGAACAUAUCUAUGCCGAACCCGAUGUUGGUGUUGACCCGGAACUGUUUGGGGAGCUGGAGGCACUCAUGGAAUCAUCUCCCAGAGCUUCUGCAGCACCGACUCCUGACCUUGGCAAUCAACGCUUGGAUGACAACGAGGAAGUGCUGAAACGUGGAGGGCUGGAGGUUGAGGUGACCCGAGAGCAGACAUCAGAGGAGGUGACCACCUAUGUGGGUCCUGGUGGUAGGGUGGAGAAGAAGCAGCAGGAGGAAAAUAAGGAUCCAAGUGACAGCCUGACCUACUGGAUGAAGCACCCUGAUGUCGCCCAAGAGGAUUUCGAGAUGGUGCGGAUGUUUGACAGCAUGGUCUACGAGGAUGAGGUCACUGAUGACCUUUCAUUGGGACUUACUGCAACUGGAGAGCUGGAUGGAGCCCAGACUCGCCAAGCUAUGCAGAUUGCUGUGGGGAAUGACAUCGGCAGGUUCCAAGCUGUGGGGCUGGGCAUGCAACCUGGUCAGGCUUCCAAUACAGGGGGACCACCACCACCACCCACCGAGAAACCAAAAAAGGUGAUACCCCUCAGCAAGCAGGUGACCAAUAAGAUCAGCAGUAGCUCAACGAAGCUCACUGAGCUGAUGGCUUGGGAAGCAAAGGACCCACCACCAAAAAAGGAGCCCAAGGCCAAGGCCAAAGCGAAGGCAAUGGCAUAG